AGAGAUGUCAUAGGCAGUGCCUAAUGUGGAUGUGGAAGGUGGACGUUUGCAUAUUCAGCACAGAGACUUCUCUGCAGUAUAAUUUUGACUGCUUUCUCUUCAAGCCACUUAUGAGACUUUAAAUCUUGCCCUAAAAAUGGAAAAUGGAGUAAGAUCUUUCCCAGGAACUCUGGGCUACUGCUGAUGGCAGAAAUUGAACUUGCUCCAGGGUCACUUGUAGCCCCUCAGUGACAGCUCAGCCUGGAUCAUCCUGAUCAUGGACAGUGGGUCAGCUAAGCAAGAUGGCCUCUGGGAGGACAGCUCCAGCAGUGGUACUUCUGUUGCCUCUGAAGCCCCCUUGAAGCCCCUGAGCUCAGUGUCACCUGACCAACUAGACUCAACUCAGCGUGCCAGUGUUGAAGUAAGCAGAGCUUCUAGGGAAGAAGGAAGCCCCAGUAGACCUGGCCAGGGGGCCCUCUGUCAAAAUGGGCCAUCACUGCAGUUCUCAGAAUCUUCCUUGUCUCUUGAUCCCACCACAAGUCCAGUGGGUCCUGAUGCCUCUCCAGGUGUGGCUGGUUUCCAUGACAACCUAAGGAAGUCUCAGGGAACUAGUGCUGAGGGCAGUGUUAGAAAAGAAGCUUUGGAGUCUCUCAGGCUCAGUCUUCCCAUGCAAGAAACGCAACUGUGUUCCACAGCCUCUUCCCUGUCCCUGGAAAAGGAGGACAUGGUCCGACUUCAGGCCAGAAAGCGGCUGGAAGAGCAGCUCAGGCAGUACCGAGUGAAGCGUCAUCAGGAGAGGUCUAGUCAACCUUCAUCAAAAAUGAGACUUUUUAGCACACUUGAUCCUGAGCUCAUGUUAAAUCCAGAAACCUUGCCAAGGGCCAGUACUGUGGCUAUGACAAAAGAGUACUCUUUUCUGCGUACUAGUGUCCCUCGGGGGCCUAAGGUGGGCAGCUUAGGGCUGCUGGCACACCCUAAGGAUAAGAAGAGUUCCAAGUCAAACAAAAUUCGGUCUCUGGCAGAUUAUAGAACUGAAGAUUCAAGUGACUCUGGUGGCCUUGGCUCUGCUGCCACCUCUGUUGGGGGCGCACUGAAGCAAAGCAGAAGCAGUACCUCAGUCAUAUCUGAGGUCAGCCCAUCUCCUGAGGCUAGUGAUCGUCUAGAGAGCACCUUGCUGACUGGGGACACUGUAAUUGAGGCUGAUGGAAAUGAGAGUGACAGCUCCUCGCACAGCAGCCUCUCCACCCUUGGAGCCUGUGGUGUCUCGGUGAACAUGAGCACACAGGGAGCUCCCUGUGUGGUCAAUGGCCAGGAAUUGGCCCUGGGCCAGUUCCCUUCAAUUAAGGAUGUACUGCAGGCUGCAGCAGCUGAGCACCAAGACCAGGUGUUAGAAGUCAAUGGGGAGGUACGGAGCCGCAGAGACAGCAUCUGUAGCAGUGUGUCUGUGGAAAGUUCUCUUGCUGAAACACAAGAUGAAAUGCUGCAGGUUCUUAAAGAAAAAAUGAGACUUGAAGGACAACUGGAGGCUUUGUCAUUGGAAGCUAGUCAGGCACUUAAAGAGAAGGCUGAGCUGCAGGCCCAGCUUGCUGCCCUGAGCACACGGCUGCAGGCACAGGUGGAACACAGCCACAGCAGCCAGCAAAAACAAGAUUCUCUCAGUUCUGAAGUGGACACUUUAAAACAGUCUUGUUGGGAUCUGGAGCAGGCCAUGACCGACCUCCAGAAUAUGCUGGAAGCCAAAAAUGCCAGCCUGGCAUCCUCAAACAACGACUUGCAGGUGGCAGAGGAACAGUACCAGAGACUGAUGGCCAAAGUGGAGGACAUGCAGAGAAAUAUCCUUAGCAAGGACAACACAGUGCACGACCUUCGGCAGCAGAUGGCAGCCCUGCAGAGCCAACUCCAGCAAGUGCAGCUGGAGCGCACGACACUGACCAGCAAGCUUCAGGCAUCACAGGCUGAAAUUGCAUCUCUGCACCAUGCUCGGCAGUGGUAUCAGCAACAGCUUGCCCUGGCCCAGGAGGCUCGGGUCAGGCUUCAGGGCGAAGUAGCUCACAUCCAGGUUGGACAGAUGACCCAGGCUGGCCUGCUGGAGCACCUGAAGCUUGAAAACGUGUCCCUGUCCCAUCAACUGACAGAAACACAGCACAGAUCCAUAAAGGAGAAGGAGCGCAUAGCUGUCCAGCUCCAGAGCAUUGAGGCUGACAUGUUGGAUCAGGAAGCAGCUUUUGUGCAGAUUCGGGAGGCAAAGACAAUGGUCGAAGAAGACCUCCAGAGAAGGCUGGAAGAGUUUGAAGGGGAGCGGGAACAGCUACAGAAGUUGGCAGACUCGGCAGCAUCUCUGGAGCAGCAUUUGGAACAAGUGAAGUUGACGCUGCACCAGCGAGAUGAACAACUUGAUGCAGUGCAGAAGGAACACCUGGAUCUGAUAAAGCAGCUCGCCUCAACACAGGAGGCUCUGCAGGCCAAGGGGCAGUCCCUCGAUGAGCUGCAGACACACUACGAUGAGUUGCAGGCGAGGCUAGAGGAGCUGCAGGGAGAGGCUGCUUCUAGGGAGGACACAAUUCGCUUCCUGCAGAAUGAGAAGAUUGUCUUGGAGGUGGCUCUGCAGGCAGCCAAGAGUGACAAGGAUGAACUUGACAGAGGAACAAGGCGCUUAGAAGAAGACACCGAGGAGACUUCAAGUCUUUUAGAGCAAUUGAAACAAGAGUUGGCCAUCAAGUCCAGCCAGGUGGAACAUUUGGAGCAGGAGACAGCCUCCCUGAAGAAGCAGAUGCAGAAGGUAAAGGAACAGUUUCUUCAGCAAAAGGUGAUGGUGGAGGCCUACCGGCGGGAUACUACCACCAAAGACCAGCUCAUCAACGAGCUCAAAUCCACAAAGAAGCAGCUAGACUCUGAGAUGAAGGAACUGAGACAGGAGCUAAUCAAGCUGCAUGGGGAAAAGAAAGCCAUGGAAGUGGAGCACUCUCGCUUGCAAAAAGAGGUGUCCCUGGUCCACCAGCAAAUGGUAGAUCUUGAGAACCAUCUUCUGUCAGUGCAGAAGGAGCGAGACGAGAUGGAGACACAGAUGCAGUCUUUGCAGUUUGACAAAAAGCAGAUGGUUGCCCUUACCGAGACCAAUGAAGUACUAAAGAAGCAAAUAGAAGAGCUGCAGCAAGAGGCCAAGAAGGCCAUCACAGAGCAGAAACAGAAGAUGAAGCGAUUAGGGUCAGACCUGACGAGUGCCCAGAAGGAGGUGAAGACAAAGCACAAGGCCUAUGAGAGUGCGGUGGGCAUCCUGAGCCGCCGCCUGCAAGAGGCCCUGGCUGCCCAGGAGGCUGCGGACGCAGAGCUAAGCCAGCUCAGAGCCCAGAGCGCAGUUGGUGGCAGUGACUCCACUCUACAGGAGAAAAUCCAGGCCUUGGAGGUGGAGCUGCAGAAUGUUGGCCAAAGCAAGAUGCUGCUGGAGAAGGAGCUUCAGGAAGUGAUUGCAAUGACUAGCCAGGAGUUGGAAGAGUCUCGUGAGAAGGUUUUGGAGCUAGAAGAUGAGCUUCAAGAAUCCAGAGGCUUCAGAAAGAAGAUAAAGCGCCUAGAAGAGUCAAAUAAGAAGCUGGCUCUUGAGUUAGAACAUGAGAGAGGGAAGCUCACAGGCCUUGGACAAUCCAAUGCAGCUUUACGGGAGCACAACAGCAUACUGGAGACGGCGUUAGCCAAGAGAGAGGCUGAUCUGGUGCAACUGAAUCUCCAGGUACAGGCAGUUUUGCUGCGCAAAGAAGAGGAGGAUCGCCAAAUGAAGCAGCUUGUCCAGGCCUUACAAGCCUCAUUAGAGAAAGAAAAGAUGGAAGUAAACAGCCUCAAAGAGCAGGUGGCCGCUGCCAGGAUGGAAGCUGGACACAACCGCCGCCACUUUAAGGCGGCCACGUUGGAACUGAGUGAGGUGAAGAAGGAGCUGCAGGCCAAGGAGCAUCUGGUGCAGACGCUUCAGGCUGAGGCUGAUGCGCUCCAGAUUCGGGAAGGGAAACAUUUACAAGAAAUAACACAGUUCCAGACAGAACUGGCAGAGACCCGGACCCGGCUCCAGCUCCUACAGCAGCAGCUGGACGUACAACUGAGUCAGCAACCUGUGGGAAGCCAAGAGAUGGAAAAUCUCAAAUGGGAGUUGGAUCAGAAAGAUAGAGAAAUUCAGUCUUUGAAGCAGCAGCUGGACUUGACAGAGCAGCAGGGCAAGAAGGAACUGGAGGGAACACAACAGUCCUUGCAGAAUAUCAAAUCUGAGUUGGAGAUGGCUCAAGAAGAUCUGUUGAUUACUCAGAAGGAUAAAUUUAUGCUUCAAGCCAAAGUAUCUGAACUGAAGAACAGUAUGAAGACUCUACUUCAGCAGAACCAGCAGCUCAAGUUGGAUCUCCGUCGAAGCACAGCCAAGAGGAAGGAGCCAAAAGGUGAGGCCAACUCCUCCAGCCCUGCAACACCCAUCAAGAUCCCUGACUGCCCUGUGCCCGCCUCUCUGUUGGAGGAGCUGCUACGACCUCCGCCUGCCGUGAGCAAGGAGCCUCUCAAGAACCUGAAUAGCUGUUUGCAGCAGCUCAAGCAGGAGAUGGACAGUCUACAACGCCAGAUGGAGGAACACACCAUCACUGUGCACGAGUCUCUGUCCUCAUGGGCUCAGGUGGAAGCUGCCUCGGGAGAGCAUGCCCACCCCAAGGGAGACACAGAGCCACAUGGUCAAAGUAGGGCUCCCAGAGGAGGGCUGGAUCAGUGACCAUCUUCUUUGUUGCCACCAAAUGUGGGCAUCUGUGUAAAGGAAUGUUCUUUUGUCAAUAUUAUUUAUUUGACAUUUUUCUAAGAUGACAUAUAAAUUUUGCUUUUGCCUUUAACAAGGAGUAAAAUAACAGAAGGAUAGCCAAGGAUGAGUCAUUUGAAAUCACAACUAGCUUUUCCCAUGAAAUGACCAAAUCUUAAAAAACAGUCUUCAAUGAAGUGCUUGAUGGGUUAUUUGCAGAAGGAGGCCUCUUAUGAGUAAUGGUAGGUGAUGCCAUCAGCCAGGUCCUAGUUGGAACUUUGCACAACAGGGUGUGUGGUCAGCAGUGCCUGGGCAGGCUAGGAUGAUGUUUCUCACCCUCAGUAAGAGUUUUACUUUGCUGCAGUAUCACUUUCACCUUUGGCUUUUCAUUCACUUCUUAAUAGCCAUCCCACCAUAAGCUGUGUACAUAAAUACCGGACGUCUUUUAAAAGCCUAUGCCUAUAUUAUUUAAGGAAGGAUCUAAUUGUCUUUAUUGACUGCAUUUUGAAAAUUUGCUGUUGGGAAUUGUUAUGUACAGGCUUUAGGGAUGUCAUAAAGUUAUAUUUUAGGAAAUAUUACUUACCUUCUAAAACCAAAUAUUCUUGCACAGAAAAGGUUUCUUGUUUUUGUUUUUCUUGACAGUCUUCUGUCAAUGUCUUUGAAAUUUAUAGCACUGACCUGUUAGGCUACUAGUCCUGUGUGGUCACUAGCCACUUAGCUGUCACCAGGUAAGCCUAAGUCAGACCCUUGAUUGGGCUCAGUGGCCACCAGGAGACACAGGACACCAGUGUCCCCACAAACUGAACUGACAUUUGAGGAGUGCAGGGACCCGAAGGAGAGUGGAAGGGGCUUUAAACUCAUCUACAGGUAGUAGGCUGUACCUCCAUGCUCCAUGAGAUGGUUGGUGUUUACUCAAGCCUGUGUAUGAGUAUUAGCAUUCAGGAGAGACCCCUGGGCCCUUGGAAGAUGCCAGUGUUACCUGAAGUCAUAGUUAGUGUCUGGAAGAAGGUCGUGUUGAUCCCAUAAGACACAGGAGGUUUAGAGACAGAUGCUUUGUCCAGCACCUACUUCAUGAGAUUUUCCUGGGAUUUGCUACAGAUGUGUGCUGACAGAGAAUUGAAGUCUUUAAGUUCCCCCCUAGUUUGGUAAGACGAUCUAAAGUAAAACUUGUUAUGAGUUAGAAGGAAAGAGGGAGGUCUAGGUGCAAGCAGAUCUGAUAUGAAAGUGAAUUUCUAAGUGUUAUUGAUCAGCCUUGUUGGUAGAAUACCUGUGGCUUCUUUGUUGAGAAAACAGUAUGGAAUUUUAAGUUGUUUAUGUUCUCUUGUAAUAUAUAGUGUUAGGAGGUUAACUGAUUGAUGCAGUGAAGAGAUUGAAAGAUGUUUGGUGUUUUGAAAAUAUCCCCUAGCAAGUAUCAGAACUUUUAAAAUAUGUAUAGAAUUUAUACAGGGCUAAUCUUGAAAUAAUACUUGAAAACUUCAUUUUAAAUAUACCCUAUCUUAAAUUGGAAAUUGUAUUUUGUGCCCAUACUGGGGCUUGAACUCAGGGCCUGGGCACUGUCAUUUAGCUUUUUGCUCAAAGCUGGUGCUAAAU